CUCUGUCUGUAGAUACUUCCAUCGUCUUGCUAACUGCUGCGCUAUUUGGAUUUACGUGCAAAGCGCGAGUGGGAAAAUCCUGUGAUGUCGUCGGAAAAACGCGAUAGAAUUUUCCGACCAUCGGCCUCAGCGCCAGCAUUUGGAAGUCAGAAAACUUCCACGCCGAAUCCGUCCGUGUGGUUUCGCCGAAGGGCGCGCCAGCGGAAGGCGUCUAGUCAGUCGCAUCAGAGCAAGACUGGUGACUCGUCGUCGCACGUGAGGAAUGGGAAUAGCAGCAGCAGCGGCACCAGUGCCGCCCAGGCGAGACAGGCAAAUGGGCAGCUGAAGAAGCGUGUCCUCCUGUCGCCCUGGAUGAUGAUCAUCGGCAGCUGCUGCCUCGGCAUCGCGUGCUACUUUGGAUACGUCGGAUACUUGGAAACGCGCGUCAAUACGCCUUUCGAUGACCAGAAGAUGGUCCGACGGAGCGGCCUCAGUGAUCCAGACCGCUACUGGGGCUCCUACCGGCCGGGCACGUACUUCGGGAUGAAGACUCGCGACCCGCACUCCCUCGUCAUGGGCCUGAUGUGGUACUCGCCGUCGCGACUCGGUCCCGGCGGCGAUGGCAUUCGGCACUGGUGCGAGCUGAGCGACCGGAUGGACCAGUACGGGUGGGUUCAGCACGACGGCAGGACGUUCGGGGUGCAGGAGAUACACGACGGGCCGCUGAAGCUGGAGACGUCGUUCGUGAAGUACUCCGGAGGAUCCUUCGGGGGCGACUGGACGGCCAGGGUGAGCGUGGCGAGUGAAAGCAUGCACUCGGAGGAGGAGGUGUCAAUUAUCUGGUAUACGGCGCUGGACGAGAAGACUGGCGGAUGGAUUACGCCCGACCGCACGGACCUCUUGGCGGGAAUUCGGGGAGACACACCAGGAUUGGGGGAGUUUUCCCUGUCUCUGCACGAGACGAAUGGCACUGUUCUUCACAAAUCCUACGUGAGCACAGUGGCAAUGAGUCUUCAGUACCUUCGCGAGGCAAUCACGUCGAACCUGAGGAUUUCCCACAGUCACGAGCUGCAGAGGAAGUUCAUCAGUCUCGCCGGAGAGGUUCUCAGGACAAACACGGGAUCUGUGGUGGAGCCCAAUUUCAUUGCUCAUCAGCUGACUGUGAGGCUUCCCUUCACCCUGGACAUCGUUUAUCACUCUGAGGAGAUGCCUAGUCAGGCCUUGGGUGGGCCACCAGUGGGUGAAGUGUACCUGGAGGCUCUGAAUGCCAAACGCCGGGAGUUCAGUGAGAGAUUCGAGAAGACGUUUCACUUGCAGAACAAGGGAUAUUCUGCCAAGGAGAUUCGCUUCGCUGAGGCAGCUUUGAGCAACAUGUUAGGCGGAAUUGGAUACUUCUACGGAUCGUCACGCGUGCAGAGUGUCCACACCAAGGAGCCCGUGCCCUACUGGAAGGCGCCACUCUACACGGCUGUGCCUUCGCGGUCGUUCUUCCCGCGUGGCUUCCUCUGGGAUGAGGGCUUUCACGGACUCCUGAUUUCCACGUGGGACGUUGACAUCUCCAUUGACAUUGUGGCUCACUGGUUUUCCCUCAUGAAUGUGGAGGGAUGGAUCCCGAGGGAGCAGAUCCUCGGAGUUGAGGCUCUGGCCAAAGUGCCUGAAGAGUUUGUCACGCAGAGGAACACUGAUGCCAAUCCGCCGACAAUUCUGUUGCUGCUCAACCGCAUCCUCACACGAUCGGGAAACAAUCUCAACACGAAGGAGCGUCUGGCCACCCUGGAUCGUCUCUUCCCACGCCUGCAGGCCUGGUUCACGUGGUUCAACACUACGCAGCGCGGAGACUCCAUGGGAACGUACAGGUGGCGCGGCCGGACGGAGAAUUCGGUGAGAGAGCUCAAUCCAAAGACCCUGACAAGUGGCCUGGAUGACUAUCCGCGAGCCUCGCAUCCCAGUGAUAGGGAGCGUCACGUGGACUUGCGGUGCUGGAUUGCCUUUGCCGCUAAAGUGAUGGGCGACUUGGCGCGGCUGGUGGGCAGAGAUGACACCAAGUAUCUGGAAACGUACUUCUAUCUCUCGGACAAUGCCCUGCUCAAUGAACACCACCUGUCGCCUUACACGGAGACCUACACCGAUUGGGGCCUCCACACGGACUCAGUGGUGCUCAAGAGGCCCCCCGUGAAGCCCGCCGCCCACGGGAAGCCGCCGCAGCAGCAAGAGAUGGUGAGAGUGACCAACAAGGCGCCGGAACUGAGGUACAUCGACUCCACGUUCGGAUACGUGAGCCUCUUCCCACUCCUGCUCGAGAUCCUCACCGCCGACUCGCCUUAUCUGGGGAAGAUGCUCAAGGACAUGCGAGAUCCCAACGGAAUGUGGUCGGACUACGGCCUCAGGAGCCUCUCUAAGAUGUCACCGCUGUACAUGAAGAGGAACACCGAGCACGAUCCGCCCUACUGGCGCGGCGCCGUGUGGAUGAACAUCAACUACCUGGCCCUCAAGGCGCUCCACCACUACGGCAGCCAGCCGGGGCCGCACAGCGAGCUGGCCAGGAGCGUCUAUGUGGAGCUGAGGCACAAUCUGGUCAGCAAUGUGAUCAAGCAGUAUCAGCGCUCUGGAUAUCUGUGGGAGCAGUACAGUGAUAAGACGGGCGAGGGAUCGGGAUGCUAUCCGUUCACAGGAUGGAGCGCUCUCACGGUCCUCAUCAUGGCAGAGCAAUACUAAGAGACUCGGAAUUAUAGUUCGUUUUCCCUUCUGUGAAUAAAAAUUGCGCUACUCGCUUGCGUACUGGACAAUUAGUGAGUGGUUCGAGAUAGACAUUCAAAUUUACAGUCUUCAGGAGCGUUUAUUUGUGUUUUUGUAGAAAAAUUAAAGUGAUUUCUGGCAUUUAAACUCUAAAACUGGAUUUUAAUUCUCUUAGUUCGCAUG